AGUUAUACUGUAAUAUUUGCAAGCAAGAUGCCACCACGAAUUGAUGACGUAAUGAAACUGUGUUGUGAACUCUCCGCAAAUCAACAAGUAAAAACAGCGGUGAAGCAGUCUGGAAAAGGAGCAGCGGCCGCUGGUGGUUUAGCUUUUGCAGGAGGCUUAAUUGGGGGCCCUCUGGGAAUUGCAGUGGGUGGGGCUGUCGGUGGACUGAUUGGAUGCUGGAUGACAAGCGGACAGUUUAAACCUCUACCUCAGGUUAUCAUGGAAAUGACACCAGACCAGCAGCGCAGACUCUAUGAGGAUAUUGCAGCCGCUUUAGGCUCAAUAACAUGGACUGAUGUUGCACAGCUAACUGCCCUUGUAAUGGGAAACGCCACACUACAGCAGCAAGUGACCGCUGCUCUUCUGAGCUAUAUACAAAAGGAACUUCAAGCUGAAGUGCAUUAUAUAGACUGAUUUAACCUUAUUUUGAAUGUGAAACAUUUCAAACCUUAUAAUCAUGUGUCAUACGGGUUGU